AUGGCGUCCUUCCUCGAGAACGCGUACAGCCUGGUCCACAUGGACAAUGCCGCCGACAUCCCCUCCGUCAACGAUCUCAAGAACCAGCUGGAGAAGGGCACCGACGAUAGCAAGGUCGAGACCAUGAAGCGCAUCUUGACCAUCAUGCUCAACGGCGACCCCAUGCCGUCCCUCCUGAUGCACAUCAUCCGCUUCGUCAUGCCUUCCAAGUCGAAGCCCCUCAAGAAGCUGCUCUAUUUCUACUAUGAGAUCUGCCCCAAGCACGAUGCCGGCAAGCUCAAGCAAGAGAUGAUUCUCGUCUGCAACGGUAUCCGGAACGACCUGCAGCAUCCCAACGAGUACAUUCGAGGCAACACUCUGCGCUUCAUCGCCAAACUCAGGGAGCCCGAGCUGCUCGAGCCCCUCCUCUCCUCGGCCAGAUCCUGCCUCGAGCACCGACAUGCCUACGUGCGCAAGAACGCGGUCUUUGCCGUCUCUUCCAUCUACCAGCACUCUCCCUCCCUCAUCCCCGACGCUUCAGAUCUGAUCGCCACGUUCCUCGAGAGCGAGAACGACGCCACCUGCAAGCGCAACGCCUUUGCGGCCCUCGCAUCCAUAGAUCACGACAAGGCUCUGGUCUACCUCAGCUCGGUCUUUGAUGGCAUUCCCAACGCUGAGGAACUCCUGCAAUUGGUGGAGCUCGAGUUCAUCAGGAAAGAUGCGGUCCAGAACUCGCAAAACAAGGCUCGCUACCUUCGCCUGAUCUUUGACCUCCUCGAGGCGGGCGCGUCGACAGUCGUCUACGAGGCUGCGUCGUCUCUGACUGCGCUCACCAGUAAUCCCGUGGCAGUCAAGGCGGCAGCUGGCAAGUUCAUCGAGCUGAGCAUCAAGGAGGCCGACAACAACGUCAAGCUCAUCGUGCUCGAUCGCGUCGACCAGCUCAGGCAGAAGAACCCUGGUAUCCUGGACGAUCUCGUGAUGGAGAUUCUCAGAGUCCUCUCGAGCCCCGAUAUCGAUGUGCGGAGGAAAGCUCUUGGCCUGGCGCUUGACAUGGUUUCCAGCAAGAAUGUUGAGGAGGUUAUCCUGCUGCUCAAGAAGGAGCUCUCCAAGACGGUCGACCAGGAGUAUGAGAAGAACACCGAGUACCGCCAGCUUCUUAUUCACUCCAUUCACCAAUGCGCCAUAAAGUUCUCAGAGGUCGCUGCCAGCGUUGUCGACCUCCUCAUGGACUUCAUUGCCGACUUCAACAACGCCUCUGCUGUCGACGUUAUCAACUUCAUCAAGGAGGUCGUUGAGAAGUUCCCCAAGCUGCGGCCGUCCAUCGUGGCCAGGUUAGUCGACACGCUCAGCGAGGUGCGGGCCGGAAAGGUGUACAGGGGCAUUCUCUGGAUCGUCGGCGAGUACUCUCUGGAGGAGAAGGACAUCAGGGAGGCGUGGAAGCGCAUUCGGGCUAGCUUGGGCGAGAUUCCCAUUCUAGCUUCCGAGCAGCGCCUGCUCGACCACGUCGACGGCGAGGAACAGGAGAAGGAGCAAGAACAGGUCAACGGUCACUCCAAGGCUGCUCCCACCGGAUCCAGGAGAGUUCUUGCUGAUGGCACGUAUGCCACCGAGACUGCCCUCACCAGCCAGUCCGCGGCCGCGGCCAAGUUGGAGGCUGUCAAGGCCGCUCAGAAGCCUCCUCUGCGACAGCUCAUUCUCGAUGGCGAUUACUAUCUGGCCACUGUUCUGUCCGCUACGCUCACCAAGCUCGUCAUGCGCCACGCGGAGAUCUGCGAGGACAAGGCGCGCACGAAUGCCCUGCGCGCUGAGGCCAUGUUGAUCAUGAUCUCCAUCAUCCGUGUCGGCCAGUCCCAGUUCGUCAAGGCUCCCAUCGACGAGGACUCUGUUGACCGUAUCAUGAGCUGUGUGCGCAGCCUGGCCGAGUUCAACGAGCACCCUGAGCUCGAGACUGUCUACCUCGACGACACCCGCAAGGCUUUCCGUGCCAUGGUCGCUGUCGAGGAGAAGAAGCGGGCGGCCAAGGAGGCUGUCGAGAAGGCCAAGACGGCCGUGCAGGUGGACGAUGUCGUUUCCAUCCGCCAGCUCAGCAAGAAGAACGCUGGCGAUGGUGCCGAUGCGAUCGACCUUGAUCUCGAGCGGGCGACUGGUGGCGAUACCAGCGGUGCUGAGGACCUGACCAGCAAGCUGUCGCGCGUUGUUCAGCUCACUGGCUUCUCCGACCCUGUCUAUGCCGAGGCUUACGUCAAGGUCCACCAGUUCGAUAUCGUCCUGGAUGUUCUCCUGGUGAACCAGACCACCGAGACUCUUCAGAACCUCUCGGUCGAGUUUGCCACCCUCGGCGACCUCAAGGUCGUUGAGAGACCGACGACCCAGAACCUGGGCCCUCACGACUUCCACAACGUCCAGUGCACCAUCAAGGUGUCUUCCACGGAUACGGGUGUCAUCUUUGGCAACGUUGUGUACGACGGCGCGCACUCGACCGACACCAACGUGGUGAUCCUCAACGACGUGCACGUCGACAUUAUGGACUACAUCCAGCCGGCCACGUGCACCGAGACGCAGUUCCGCACCAUGUGGACCGAGUUUGAGUGGGAGAACAAGGUCAACAUCAACAGCAAGAUCAAGACGCUGCGCGGCUUCCUGGACGAGCUGAUGAAGGCGACCAACAUGAACUGCCUGACGCCCGAGGGUGGCAUGAAGGGCGACUGCCAGUUCUUGAGCGCCAACCUGUACGCUCGCAGCGUGUUUGGUGAGGAUGCCUUGGCCAACUUGAGCAUUGAGAAGCAGGGCGAGGACGGACCCAUCACAGGCUUCGUCCGGAUAAGAAGUCGCUCGCAAGGUCUCGCGCUCAGCUUGGGGUCGCUGAAGGGGCUGAACAAGAUUGGCACGGCCGCUUGA